UAUUCCUUUUCUCUCUCUCUCUCGCUCUCUCACGCACACCACAUUCAAGCGGCCUCCUCGAGUGUCAUUUUGCUUCACAACAUUCAGAAACAAACCCACGCAGAGAUCAAUCUUUGUUGCUCCACACAAUAUUCACUCUUGACAUUACAUACUUUUUGGUAGAGACAACAGUAUGGCCACUUGCAAGCCAUGGCCACUACCAGAUAAAUUACCUGACCACAAGGCCAUGAUUCCACACAUUCAACCAAGGUACAUCCAUCCGCAUCACACUCUAUUAACCACAGGAAGAAGAGGAGGCGAUCUCAAACAGGAGAGAGAGAGAGAGAGAGAGAGGAAGACAGGAAGGGAGUGAGAAAAGAAGAGGAAGAAGAAAGGUUUGCGUGGCCAAAUGGAGCUGUUUGCUGCACAACCAGAUCUGUCACUUCAGAUCAGUCCCCCCAGUGCCACACCAUCUGGCAGGAGAAAGCAUGAUGAGAGCAUGGAAUUAGGGUUUUGGAGAAGGGCUCUUGACUCCACUUCCACAACCAGCUACAGAAUGAUCACCACUGCCGACGCCGACGCCGACGCCGACCCCGACCCCGACCCCGCCGCCUCCGGGUUCUCCUUUCACCACCAUCAAGACCAGAGCUCGAUGGAGCCCAUACCGGGCAUCCCGGUCUACCGACACGCGCCUUCCCUCGCUUUGGUCGCCCCACAGCGGCAGCACCACCACCUGUGCGGCUGUUCUUCUUCCACCCACAGCUUCACGACCUUCGCUGCAAGCCAAGGCUUGUCGAGGUCGAGGUUCCCGGCCAAGCGGAUCACGAGGGCGCCGAGGAUGCGGUGGACUACCACACUCCAUGACCGAUUCGUCCGUGCCGUGGAGCUGUUAGGAGGCCAUGAGAGGGCUACACCCAAGUCAGUUCUAGAGCUCAUGGAUGUCAAAGAUCUCACCUUGGCCCAUGUGAAAUCUCACUUGCAGAUGUAUCGAACUGUCAAGAACACGGAUAAACCAGCAGUUCCUUCAGGCCAGUGUGAUGGGUUCGAGAAUGGUUCGUCGGGAGAUCAUUCUGAGGAAACUUUGACAGGUAUUCAGAGUCUCCAUAGAUCGGAAUCCUCAGGCGCUGCACAUUGUCGUGUCGAUCAUGCUGGUGUGUGGAGCGAUACCUCAAGAAAAGGCUGUUACCAUGGCAUAGCAAGUGAUUCAACUUCAGGGAGAAUGCAAUCGAAUGUGGAUAUGCAGCCAAAAAGCUCUGAAAUGUUCUCCAUAUCGAACUCAUCAAGCCCGAAUAAGCCGAAUCUUGAGAUCACCCUUGGCAGACCAUAUUGACAUGCAAGAUCACUUUAUUCGACUACAAAAGGAAACAGUGCCUGCCCCCCACAGAGGUCACGCAAGAAAUUGCCAAGAGCAAAAGGUCAAGGAGAGAGCUCAGGCAACAGAGAAUAAAGUGAGAUUAUGCAUUCAUCUCUCUGUAAGCGUACCUAAGAUUGUGUUCUUAGAUGAUAUGCACAUGUAUAUGGAUCUGGUGUUUCACUGACUAGAAAUACAAGCAAAUCUGGCAUAAUUUUCUUC